CCUCAUAAACGUUGGUUGCAAUCUUCCAAAAAGGCGGAAGAAGCAACUGUCAUUUUCUAUUUCUCUUGAAGACGACGGGCCGCCGAUUUUUUUACGCUACCUUGAUAAGACGUUCUGUUCUGUACAAAAGGUAACCACAUUAGAGCUAAUACAUUCUCUACUAAUAUCUCUACUAAAACUACCUCAACAUUUAGCUAUUGGUGCCUCAUAGCCAAAACCUCCGUAGAAAACUGGUACUGUUGGACGAGGCAUUACCGUGCAACUUUGCUAAAUUCGCUAGCAAGCAAACAUUGACGUUUUCUCGGUUAUAAUAUUAAUUACAAUACGUGGAGAUAGCUCCUGUACACAGGCUGAACAUCGAAUCAUGGAUCAGACAAGCGUAACUGCACAAGGACCUAAGAGCCCAUGGGGACCUGCCCCCUCCGUGGUUUCUGCAUGCUCAUUGACUGAUGUUAUGAGUGAGCAGCUGGCUAAGCAACUAGAAGAUGAGAACAGUGGCUUUUCAGGGUUCCCUGAGGCCGGUGAGGUCCUGCUCCCAGCCGACCACCUGGACACAGACAGUGACCUGAUGCUUGCUCAAAUGCUGCAGAUGCAGUUUGACAGGGAGUUUGACACCCAACUUCGCAUAGAAGAGAAGAAGUUAAACGGGGACAGUAAGGUGUCCAUUUCAUUUGAGAACUACCGUAAGGUGCAUCCCUACGAAGACAGUGACAGCUCAGAAGAUGAGGUGGACUGGCAGGACACCCGCCACGACCCCUACAAAGCUGACAAGCCCCAGAGUGCUCCGAAGAAGGGCUUCAGUGGGAAGGGGAAGAACAUCACUACCAAGCAUGACGAGGUGCUGUGUGGCAGGAAGAAUACAUCUCGCAUGGACAAUUUUGCUCCAGAGGUUCAUGUGGGGGAUGGUCUGGGCAUGGAUCUGAAGCUGUCCAACCAGGUGUACAAUGCCCUGAAGCAGCACUGCUACAGCGAGCAGAGACGCAGCGCACGCCUGCACGAGAAGAAGGAACACUCCACUUCCGAGCAAGCGGUGGACCCCAGGACUCGUCUGCUGAUGUACAAGAUGGUGAACGCUGGCUUGCUGGAGAACAUCAAUGGCUGCAUCAGUACUGGGAAGGAGUCUGUGGUGUUCCACGCUGAUGGAGGGAGUCUGGAAGACAGCCCCGUCCCAUCGGAGUGUGUGUUGAAGGUGUUUAAGACGACACUGAAUGAGUUCAGGAACAGAGACAAGUAUAUCAAGGAUGACUACCGCUUUAAGGACCGCUUCAGCAAGCUCAACCCUCGCAAGAUCAUCCGUCUUUGGGCAGAGAAGGAGAUGCACAACCUGGCUAGAAUGAAGAAAGCAGAGAUCCCGUGUCCUGACGUGGUGGUGCUGAAGAAGCACAUCCUGGUGAUGUCCUUUAUAGGGAAGGACCACGUCCCUGCCCCCAAGCUGAAGGAGGCCCAUCUGGGCCCCGACGACCUGGCCAGGGCCUACCUCCAGGUCCUGCAUAUGAUGCAGCAGUUGUACCAGCAGUGUAACCUGGUCCAUGCUGACCUCAGUGAAUACAACAUGCUGUGGCACGAUGGCAAGGUGUGGCUGAUAGACGUGAGUCAGUCUAUCGAGCCCACCCAUCCUCAUGGUCUGGAGUUCCUCUUCAGGGACUGCAGGAACGUGGCUACGUUUUUCCUGAAGGGUGGGGUCUGCGAGGCCAUGAAUGUGUAUGAGCUGUUCAAUGCCGUGACCGGGCUGAACAUCACCGGAGACAAUGAGGCUGACUUCCUUGCCCAGAUCGAGGCUCUGGAGAAGAGGAACGAGGACCACGUCCAGAGGAGGGGCAAGAAGAGCUUCUCCCCCAGCGAGGAGGCAGACCCCCCCUCUCCUGCCCCAGGAAGAUGACUAGCGAACGCUCCCCCUCUUCACCAUGAUGGCGGCUGCUUCAUGGACCCUGAGGGGAACUGCUGACUGGAGGGAGCAGAGGCUGGAGGAGCUGGCGGCAAGCCAAUCCUGGGGUCUCGUUACAUUAGGAGGAGAGUGGAAGGUCGAGGUUAAAAGGUUAUCUGAUCUGAACCAUCCCUGAUGGAGGGGAUCCUCCUCUUUGGAAUCCUGACCCUAACUCUCUUCUGCAUCUCUAUAAGACACCUCCAUCCAUCCUUUUUUCCAUCUCCACUCAUGGCUGUGUGGAGAACGCUAGUGGGGAGUGACUGAAAUAUGGAUUAGGAAGGCAACAAUAUUAAACUGCUUUUCAUAUGAGUGAUUCAAUAAACCAGCAUUUAUGACGUGAUUAGAAACCGAUCUCUGAUUGGUACAGAAGUCAGUGGUAGCGUGAGGAUAGGAACAGGAGUGAGUUUGAUGCAUUCUCACAACACCAACGUGCUCCCAGUGUUACCUAGUGCUGAGCUUGUUAGUGAAGACAGGGUGUUCUACAUGGAGACUGGUUCUGUAUGAGAGGCGGGGCUUAUUGGAGGGUGUGGUGUUUGCUGCUCGUUGUAACUGCAACAGCAUGAUGAUUAAUACAAUUGGUUGGAAAUAAAUGUUUUGUAUUGUUUGGAAUGACUCACACUACUAUCACACUUGUGUAAUUUAUUUAACUUCAUUUGCUGUCUUGACUUUUUGAAACACAAAUAAACUUUUAGCAUCAGAUUCUG